AGGAGACUGUUUUGGGCCUUAGCAGAAAGGUGGGAGGGACUGAGAAGUUGUCGAUGUUCAAAUUUUUUGGCUAAAUCCUGGAUCUUCACAAUCCCACCUACAGCACCAUUAACGUAGACACAUCUUUCAACAAAAAAACAGAUCCAUUGAUUACAUUGAUUUGGGAGUUGCAGAGAUGGGUGUACGUUUUGGUCACAGGGGAGUUUUUAAAAUAUCCUCAUUGCAAGAUGAAUGAUUUAUUGUUCUUAAUUUUCUCUCCACCAGCAAUGGCUAACGUCACCGAUGACGACUACUCUGGUUACGGGAGCUGGAACCUUUCCGACUUGUGGAAUACAAGUAACGCCACAAACUUCAGUGAUCUCUGCUCCUUUUCAAUGGCUAACGGGAGCUGGAUCCUUUCCGACUUGUGCAAUACAAGUAACGCCACAAACUUAAGUAAUCUCGGCUCCUUUUGUGAGGCUGGAGAGCACGGCUUCACCAUCAAAACCUUCCAGAGUUGUGUUUUCUGCCUGAUCUUCUUGCUGGGCGUGGUCGGAAACUGCCUUGUGAUCGCCACCUUCGCUCUCUACCGCCGCCUCCGGCUUCGCUCCAUGACCGACGUCUUCCUGUUGCACCUGGCGCUGGCCGACCUCCUGCUGAUCCUCACGCUCCCGCUGCAGGCCGUCGACACCCACAAGGGCUGGAUCUUCCCCGUUCUCCUCUGCAAGGCCACGCGUGCCAGCUACGCCAUCAACACGUACAGCGGGCUUCAGCUGUUGGCCUGCAUCAGCGUCGACCGCUACAUGGUGGUGGCACGCGCCCAAGAGAUGCUCAGGCUGCGCCGGCGGAUACUUACGGUCGGGAAAGUAGCCGUGGUAGGCGUGUGGCUUGUUGCGGUACUCCUCAGCUUGCCGGAAAUCCUCUACUCCGGGGUGUCUGGGUCCAAUGAUGACGCGUACUGCGGCAUGCAAAAGAGCGGAACGGUCAAAAUGUCCACCAGUGUCGCCAUCGUUGCCGUCUUCUGCCUGUCCUUCUUCGUCAUGGUGACGUGCUACUCGUUGAUUGCUCGAGUGCUGUGGGAGGGGAACGCACAACGCCGGGGGAAGCAGUGGCACCGGCAGCGGACCUUGAAGCUGAUGGUGGCGCUGGUGGUGGUCUUUCUGCUGUUCCAGCUGCCGUACACGGUGGUGCUGUCGCGUAAAAUGGCGGGGUCAUUCUGCGCCCUGCUGUUGGAGUACAUCACCUGCACGCUGGCGUACAUCCGCUGCUGCCUCAACCCCAUCCUGUACGCCAUGGUAGGCGUGCGCUUCCGCAACGACGUGCUGCGGCUCGUCCAUGACUCGGGCUGCCGGUGCGGGCUCCGGGCGGCGCCGCAGACUCUCGGCACCACCUCCGUCUCCCGCUCUUCGCCUGCUUCCAAAGUGGUCUCAUUUUGCUCUCCAUUGUCCCCCGAACCCAGCUGUUCCAGCAACGAGACUGCGCCCACCAAGUUUCAGUUUCCAGGAACCCCACAUUAUAAUUCAAGGAGUAGACUGUAAACUUUGUUGUGCACUUUGUUUACAAAUAGAUAUUCUUUACGAAGAAAAAUCAAAAACAUCAACAUCAAAAACAUCAUCAGCAAUUCUUAGGUGCUGGUGCGUUGAAAAAUAUCACAUUAGACUGGAGAAAAGUAAGAUUCCGCACUCUGCUCUUGCUACAGCAUCAUUUAUAGAAGAUAACCUUCUGGACCUUCGUCAAGAGUAUCUUCGUCAUUUGUAAAUCCUCUUGACGAAGGUCCAGAGGGGCCAAAAUGUUAGUAUCUUCAAUAAAUCAUGAUGCUGAACAAGACGGAUCCUCCUUUUUUAAGGUUUAUAUAGAUAUUCCCCAGCAGGAUACAAAAUGUAGAGGCCAGAAAUGUUAUUAUACAGAAGCAAAGAAAUGGAAAAUUAGAAGAGGUUGGAAAGAUAUGUAUAUAAUCCUCUGGUUUAAAAUACCUGUGUCAAAGGAAUACAGUUACUUCUCCUAUAUUAUAAACCUACACAUAGUUUAUACUUAGAUCGUUUUGCCUACUUGAUCUUAGAUAUUAAAUUAUGUCUAAAUAGGUUUAUAUCCUUGCUUUUUUUCCCCAAGUGAUUCUCUUUAAAAUGCAAUUUUACCUGUGCCUAGGAGGUUAUGUUUUCGGUUCAGAUACAGCAGAUAUGUUGUAUUUUACUCUCGUAUUCAU